AGAUUACAGUUCCAUAAUACAAAUGAUAAUUUUGAACAUUAUUUAUAUAAUGCACAGAAUUUUCCGCGGAAAUUAUUCCACAGUAAUUUCUCUUUGUUCAUUAUCUUCACGUAGAAUUUCGACUGAGAGCAAGUCACUUAUCACACUGCUGUCUGACCGGAAGCGAAAACCCAUCCCUUUCUACGAUACCGAGGGACUCUGUGUAUCACCGUGAAGGAUUCAUGCGGGGGUGCUCAACGUCCGGAGAUGAUAAGUUGUUCGUGCUGCUGUUAUUGUUCUUUUCUCCUCUGGCUAACCAAGCUGCACAGUGUUCCAGAAUAGGUUUGUAGACUUCACGUUGCGCACUUCGCAUACGCCAUCUGCACAUAGCUGAAGCAUUAGCUAUUCGAGAUCUGAAACUAGACCUCUGCAUUCAAAAGUGAUACAUACGUUCUCUCCCCUACCGUGGCCAGAGUGAAGUUCUUACUGUGACUUUACUUCUUCUAUUUUUAUUUUUAUUAUAUUAAGGAUUAAAAUACCCACAGAGAGUGUUACUACUGUGAGAUAAAUAACAAAACAUAAAAUAUCAUGUCAACUGUCGCUAUGCCUGCAACUGCAUAUCAAACAUCUGCUGCUAAUGCUGGAAAUCCUCCUCAAAUUCUUGGACCAUUGUCUGGUGGCGGUGAAGUACCCGAAGGAGAACCAGUUCACCUGGAGUUAAGAAUUGCCCCACCAGGGAUUUACAAGUACAAUGGUUUAAAGAUGGUGUUGCAUUGAGUGCCGGUUCUCGAUUUAAUACAAUGUGUGAACGUGGUCUAGCUUCACUUGAUGUUAUCUAUACAAUUCCAGAAGAUAGUGGUACUUACUUUUGUGUUAUUUCAAAUCCAUAUGGGAAUGCACAAAGUCAACCAGUUCCUGUGAAUGUAAUACCUGAAAUUGAUCCAAGUCAAGAACAACUAGAUGCUCAGUUUGCUGAUCUCUAUCAAGCAACAAGUGCACCAAUUAAAGAAUAUGAACGUGAUCAAAGAAGUCAACCAAAGAGUGCACCACAUUUUACUCAACAACCAGUAAUCAGCAGUAGUGAUGUUUUGGAGGGUGAACCUGUCAGGAUAGAGGCAUUUUUAAACACAACCAGUGAUUCGUCAUUACAAGUUGAAUGGUUGAAAAAUGGACAGCCAAUUGGGACAGGAAGUCGUUUCAAUGCUGUACUUGAUCGAGGAUUAAUCGUUUUAGAAAUUGGUUAUUCUCUAGUAGAUGACAGUGGACAAUAUGUGUGUGUAGCAACAAAUGCGAUUGGACGAACAGAGAGUCAACCUGUAGAGUUAAGAUGUCAACCAGAAGAUAGAAUUGUUACCAAAUCAAUUCUUGAUCAACAAUCAAUAAAUCAUCUGAAACAGUUGGAAGAACCUGGAGAAGAUUUUGAUUAUGCACGUGAUGCAAAUGUACAGGGCAUUCCUCCAUCAUUCAAAGCUCAUUUAGAACCAUCAUCAAUUCAAGUGAAUGAAGAUGAAACUGUUAUCUUUUCUGUACCAGUUGAUUGUGGUAAUGGAGAUCGUGUUGUUGUUGAAUGGAGACGUGAUGGACAAGUUGUUAUAACAGGAUCUAGAAUAACCGGAAGCUUAGAACUUGGUAUUGCUAGCCUCAAAAUCCACUAUGCUCAACCAACAGACACUGGAGCGUAUACCUGUCACAUUUCUACAGAACAUGGAUCAGCUGACUGUGGUCCUUCAAAUUUGUUAUGUGAAGCUACAGGAAGCAUAAUUGCUGCAAGUCAACUGCCGGGUAACAAAGAAAAAGGUCUUCAAGCAAUAGAAGCUAUAGAAGCGAAUUUGCACGCACCCCGAGGAACAGUAUGGGAAGAUGAUGGUCCACAUGGGGCUCCAACAAUUAUACAACACCCACAACCUGUUGGCGAAAUUGAAGAAGGGACAGCUAUACAUUUCGAUGUACAAGUAGAACCAGCAGCAGAUCCUUCAUUGACUGUUGAGUGGUUUAAAGGAGGUAAACUGUUGACAAGUGGAACACGAUUUAAAGUUGCCUACGAAAGAGGAUUAGCUACGCUGGAUUUGUUAUACACUAUUCCUGAAGACAGUGGUGAAUAUUGGUGUUCUGUUUUUAAUAAAGUUGGUCAAAUGGAGAGUAAUCAUGUACACGUUGUAUGCAAUCCAAGCGCUUCUGUUAUUACACACAGUAAUCUGCUACAAGGUACAGAAGGUUACAAUCUGAUAAAGGCUAUUGAAGACAUUGAACAAACAAAUGGUCCAGAAUAUAAUUACAUCGAAGAAGAAGAGGUUGAUGCUGCACCUAAUUUUGAUGUUAAACCACAAGCUGCUACAAUCAGUGAAGGUUCUCCAGUGAAGUUUUUAGUACGUGUUAGUGGUAAACCUACACCUCAUUUGACAUGGUAUCUGAAUGACGAGCCAAUUGAACAAGAUUCAAUUACAAAGAUAUAUAGUGAUGGUGCAAUCAACUAUUUAGAAAUGAGUCGUUGUCCUGCUUUACAAGGAAGUAAUAGACUACAUGUGAUUGCAGAAAAUCAAUUAGGAAGAGCUGAAGCAGAAACUGUUCUUACAGUUGUAUUGGCUGAAGACUUUAGACCAGAUUUGAAACAUGUUAAGCCAGAAAAUCCUUACAAGAAGAUGGUUGGUUUACGUAAAGUAGACUGUUCACCAGAAUUAAAUAAGGCUUUGACAAGAACUAAACCAUCAGCUCAAACAAUUAUGGAAAUGGAAAGAGGUACUGAAAUAAAAGCUCGUACCUACCGUUCACCAGAAGUAGUUGAAGCUGAGAAAAUGUUGGAUCAACUUGCUUCAAAUUUAAGAAAAUCAGAAGUCAAACGAUUGAUCAAUUUGAUCCACAUUAUUAAGCCUAUUGAUUGAAGAUUGAUCUGAGUACUAGGCUUCAAGGAAUUUUCUCAGUCAAACUAAUGUUCACAAUUACCAGCUCGUCGUAUCUUUUGACGGCUAGCUUUCUCUUUUUCUAGUUGAAACUAAAGGAGACGUUCGCUUUGACUGAUAUAAUGCUCUUCAAAAUUUGAUGUAAAGUAUUUCCAUGGAUGGUAGUGAUCUUGCCUUCUUUUCCUGCUGAUUCCUUUGGUCUGCGUAGUUCUCAAUCAUAUGACUGUGUUGGUUUGUGUGUAAUAUCCCUUUCAAAUUGUUUCAGCAGUCUAGUCAUUAUUCCAGAAGUAUUCUUCAGAUAUACGGCAGAAUAAGUCUACGUAUGGUUUAUGCUGCUAAAAACGUGAAUUUCCUGUUCACAUUUGAAAAUAGUAUCUUUUUUAAAACUCUAUUUUCAUUCUUUUCAGCCUCCAGUAAACUAUAACAAUCAAGAUGGUGUCGCGUAAAUUCAGUAAUACAAACAGAUAAACAAAACAUCGUUUAUUCAAACACUAACACACACACACACACACUAGACUGUCAUUGACAAACUUCCACAAACAACAAAUGACACAACAGCAUAAAUAUAUUUACAUUUCAUAAAAAAUUAUCAAUUAAAUUAUUCUAUUUACAACAACAACAACAACGACAAAAAAAGAAACAUAUUUACUCAAAAAUUAAAAAUCAUAAAAUCCUGGAAUGUGAAUGAUUCAUUCUUUCAUUCUACAUAUGAAAUGAAACAUUUCACGCGGAAACUAUGAAAUCACAAUUAUUUGUCUAUAUUUAUGUUUUUCCCCUUCUCUUCUCUUCUUACUUCUUUGUCUCGUACUUAUUCAAAUCUCCACUUUUAUUUAAAUAAACGCGCGCGCUACUUCAAGGCCAACGAUUGAAAAUUGAAUAUUGACAUAUGUAACUUAUUUUAAAUGCUUGUUAUUUGAACGAAUUGAUAUACCGGAUUAUAUUAAUAUAUUAAUCUCAUAAUAUUAUAGUUAGUUAACUGAGAACUCAAUCAUAUUGAGUUUUACACACAUAUUUUGUGAACAUUUAUCUGCUUUAUUUUGCCGAAAUAUUAUUAUUAUUAUUUUUCACAGUUUAUCGAUCAGCAUGUGGAUGACAUUUGCUAAACAUCUGUUGAAUGGUUAUAUGGCUAACGACAACAUUAGAAUGACUGUCAGUUAUGAGUUUAUGGGGGAAAAAUCUUUUUGUGAAUAACUCAGCAUAUUUUGAUGAUGAUAAUGACUUUGAAGCAUCUUUUUAAACAACAAAAUGCUUAUUUAAUGUGUUCAAUUUAUUCUGUUUUAUGGAUUAUUUAAACAAUUUAUCUUGAAAAAAACUCUUCUCAUUCAUGAAACCAAAAAGAACGAAGAAUAAAAUGUCAUG